AUGAGUAAAGGCUGUGUAAAGGCUGAGUUAAUUUUAACUGCCUGGCAGUCAAGAAGCAUGGAGCCUGCACAAGAACCAGAGGAGCUGGGACCUCAGACAGAAACGGUUGCAGACACAGUUCUUGAGGUUGGAGGGAGCCUCUUCCAGGUCAGCCGCAGGGCACUUUCCAUUCACAGCCGUUAUUUUGAAGCCAUGUUUUUUGGGGGAGCACGAGAGAGCUCUGAGCACCACAUAGUGAUCAGAGGGAUUGAUGCAGUGCCCUUCCAGGCACUACUUGAGUUCACUAGCACAGCCCAAGUGCUUAUAGAGCAAGAAAAUGUGACCAGCUUACUGGAAACAGCUGAUUUCUUUCAGUUUGACAGAGUGAAACUGUUGUGUGAGAAGUUUCUGGAGAGAGAGCUGCAUGUUUCCAACUGCCUGGGCCUGAUGACCUACUCGCAGCAAUUUGCCUUUAUAGAGCUGUACGCCUCUGCUAUGAACGUGGCUCUCAGUCACUGGGGGGAGGUGAUGUGCCAGGAAGAAUUUAAGGCACUACCCAAAGAAAUGCUGCUGCGGCUCCUACAAAGCGAUGACCUCUUCGUUUCACGAGAAGAUGUGGUUUUUGACAGUGUUAUGAGGUGGAUUGUGGAGGACCCAGCAACAAGAGAGGAAGACUUCCUGGACUUGGUGGGCCACGUCAGGGUCACUUUUCUGAGUCUAUCCUUCCUUGAUUUCCUGGUGAAGCGCAGCAAGUGCUCUGGGGAGGCAGAUGCCUUCUCCAGGCUAAUCAAGAAGUUAGACCGCUCUCCUCCACCCAGCUGGCAAAACACAGAACUGUAUCCUCAUGCGGGUCGGAGCUAUGACACCUUAUACGUCCUGGGAGGAAAGCAUGACAAGGAUCAGCAAGAAUUAUUUCUCUUUCACCCUAAAACAGGGACCUGGCAGGCUUGUUCUCCACUGCAGCGCAGGAACCUCACCCAGUAUGCAGUGGCAGCAGUAGGGAGCUUCUUGUUUGUGACAGGAGGAUAUUUCCGGGAUGAGUUUGUAUGGUAUAGUGUGGAUUGGGUUCUUACCUACAACUGCUUGGACAAUAGCUGGCUGGAAGGCCCUGCCAUGAAGAAGUCCCGCAAUAGCCAUUGUGCAGUAGGAGCAGGGCUCUACCUGUAUGUGCUUGGAGGGAGCACAGAUGAAGGGAUAAUCCCAGCAGUGGAGCGCAUGGCUUUGGUAGACUCAGAGUGGGAAAGCAUGAGUCCUAUGGCUCAGCCUGUGGAGAGGGGCGAUGCGGUCAGCAUGGGAACCAGGAUCUAUGUGGUCUGUGGCCUGGAUGAAAAUGGACAUGUCUAUGAUGGAGUGCAACGGCUGAACACAGAGACAGACAGCUGGGAUGUCAUCUCAUUCUCCCCACUUCCAAGGUAUGAUCUCUGCAUCACAUCACUAAAUGGUGCUCUAUACACCAUAGGAGGAGGAGCCUUUCGGUUCGAUGUGGAGACAGAUGAAUGGACCCAGGUGGAUGAGGAAUGCUUGACCCACAAGUUCUUCAUGGGGUGCAGCACUGUGAACGGACGAAUUUAUCUCCUUGGACAGAGGAAGGGGAAUGGUGCCCUCCCCAUUGUAGUCCUCUUCGAUCCCUACACUGAUACAUGCCAGGUCAUUGAUAACAAACUCCCUUGUCCCCUUCCUAUUAAUGGAUGUGUCUCUGUGCGAAGAUUUGAUACAUGGGCAUGA